CGGGCGGGUUCUGGAUAAGAGGCUACUUAGCUCUGAGCCUCCCGAGCUGCGCUGGACCUGCCACGGUGCUCCUCGCCGGCGUCAUGACUGUGCGGAAGGUGGUUCUGGUCACUGGGGCUACCAGUGGUGUUGGCCUCGCUCUCUGCCAGCGGCUCCUGGAGGAAAAUGAUGAACUUCACCUGUGCUUGGCAUGCAGGAACAUGAGCAAAGCAGAGGCUGUCCAAGCUUCCCUGCUGGCCUCUUACCCCAAUGCCGAGGUCUCUAUUGUGCAGGUGGAUGUUGGCACCAUGCACUCAGUGUUCCGGGCCGCCAAGGAACUUAAGCAAAGGUUUCAGAGAUUAGACUAUGUAUAUCUAAAUGCAGGGGUCAUGCCCAAACCACAGCUCAAUGUCAAAGCACUUUUCUCUAGCCUCUUUUCAAGAAAAGUGAUUCACGUGUUCUCCACAGCGGAAGGACUGCUAACCCAGUGUGAAAACGUCACUGCAGAUGGUCUCCAAGAGACGUUUGAAACCAAUGUCUUCGGCCAUUUUAUCCUGGUUCAGGAACUAGAAACCCUCCUCUGUCACAGUGACAGCCCAUCUCGGGUCAUUUGGACAUCAUCUCGCAGUGCAAGCAAGUCCAAUUUUAGCCUUGAGGACUUCCAGCACAGCAAAGGCCAGGAGCCCUACAGCUCUUCCAAAUAUGCUAUUGAUCUUCUGAGUUUGGCUUUGAACAGAAACUUCAACCAACGGGGUCUGUAUUCCUGUGUGGUAUGUCCAGGUACAAUGAUGACGAAUUUGACGUAUGGGAUCCUACCUCCCUUUAUAUGGACACUGAUUAUGCCAUUUAUAUGGCUGUUACGCUUUUUUGCUAAUGCUUUCACUUUGACACCGUUCAAUGGGACAGAAGCACUGGUAUGGCUUUUCCACCAAAAACCUGAGUCUCUCAAUCCUUUCAUCAAAUAUCUCAGUGCCACCACUGGUUUUGGAAGUAAUUAUGUAGUAAACCAAAAGAUGGACCUAGAUGAAGAUACUGCUGAAAAAUUUUACCAAAGUUUACUGGACUUGGGAAAGCAUAUUAGGGCUACCAUUGAGAAAACAGAUAACCUGGGCUGAUGGUCUGGAUCUUUGUGUACCUGCUGUGCUUCCUGGGCCAUGGUGGUUUCUCUUGAGCUGGGUGAUGUGCAUUUGGGGUAAAUUAUGAACUCUGGUGGUCUGUUUUCAUUCCUUUCUUAUUUACCUCUAAGACUGUAUGUGUGCACAUGAAGGAAAUACUGAGAAAACAAAAAAGAACAGUUAUUCUCCAAAAUGGUGUCAUGUCAAAAUUGUGCUGGAGUCAUGCAACAGAAUAUCUGUUAGUGUAUGUUCUCCCAACUCAGCCCAAGCUAGGCUACGUGAGAUGAGAUGUGGCCUUGGGUGAUCGUGACCAGACACAUACCUGUCCUCUCUUUGACACCCCCCCCCCGACCGAAGGCCUCAAGUCAGAGAAAUGCUGCCCUUUCUCUUGAGUGGCAAUCUGAGCUUUGUUUCUUCUCUUCUCAGCAAGUUUUAUAGGUCUUUUUGCCUUAUUUCUUUAUCUACAUGUUGCUUCUAACACUUUUGGAAUUGUUAGAAUCCUAAUCCAGAUGCUCAUAGGAACAAAAUUAUGUGUGUGUUUGGGUCACGUGAGUUAUUUCUGUUUUAUUUUACAAUUGUCUUUUUUUGAUAUUGAGGUGUGCAAUCCAUGUUAAUAUUGGACCUGACCUUUAACACCAUUUGCAAGUUUGGUCAUUAAAGAUGAACCCAUUUUUAUGAUCAUAUUUUAAUGAAUAUAAAUGUACAUCUAAGAAUGAUUGCAACAUUUUUGUAAUAAAAUUUUCCAAUUGAAUAACUGCUGAUGGGAUAUCUGCUGGUUCCAGUAGUUGAAAGUAGUUAGGAUUUAAUUUACACAACCUGAAGACAAGGCCAAAUGCCUAGACGUUCUUACCCAAAAUCAAACCGACACGAGAAAGAGUAAAAUUGAAAAAAGACUUUUAAUAUCUAUAUAUACAUUUUAAAGUAUUACCUUUUUUGUUAUGAUUUCUUGAAUUUUGCUGCUAAAGGUUUUUUAAAAUCAGGUUAAACCUUCUAUGAGUUCUAGACACUACCAGUCAGUCACCACUACCUUUGUGAAGCAAGUGUGAAGUUGGAACUUUUUUCCUUUCACUCUCCCCGUCAGUUUGGAAGAUGAACUUUAUUGCUUUAUUGGGAUUCUUACCUGGAAAGUGGAGGAAUUAAUACUCUGCUUAAUCUGUCCAUGGGUAUGGAAUGAAGGAACACCAACUGCAGUAAUAUAUGUGAAUGAAUAAAGAGCAUUCUUCUGAGAACUUCG